CACAACUGGCGGUUUGAAGUCUUGCAGACUCUCAAUCAGUCUACAUGUAUUGCUGAGAAUUUAUGCGCUCUACCAUGUGACGAGCCUUUGCUGCUUGGGAUGCGACGGCUGCAGUCGUGCUUGACAGCAAAGAGCCCGAAUUUCUUAACCAGUCGUCAUGCGCGUGCACUUAUGCAGCCGUGCAGUCAUUUCCGCUUCGCGGCAGUCUCGAAGCCGAUGGAAGAUCAUUAGGAGAGUGUCAUUAUAAAAAUUGCUGCGGAAACACCAUAAGUACCAAUCAGUAAAAGCAGCAAUACAAGAUGUCCCACGCAGCCGCAGUGCUGGUCUUUCGCAUCCUAGCUGGCUGUUCCUACCUGGUCAUGCUCACCAGUCCGUCCCUCAACAUCUACCGGGUCUACAAGGCAAAGAGCGUCGGCGUGCAGUCCAUUUUCCCUCUCGUAUCGCUACUUGCAAAUUCUCAUAUUUGGAUGAUGUAUGGUUACUUAGCCAAAAUCUACUUCCCAGUCUUCUCGUGCUUCCUCCUUGGUGACUUUGCUGCCGUAGUUUACCUGACCAUCUACUACCGCUACUCGAACAACCGUGGCUACGUCGUGCGCUCAAUUGCCACAACCAUUGUCAUUAUUGCAAUCCUGAGUGUCUACGCCAUUGUCGGUGGUCUCGGAUAUACCUACCAGUCUCGUCACAGCGUCAGCACUGUUCUCGGUUUCUUCGCUGACGUUGCCAGUCUGUGUCUGUACUGCGCACCGAUGGAGAA